AUGAGCACUUACGACGCCUAUGACGACGAGCCGCGUCGCUACCGAAGCGUGAGUCGUCUUGCCCACUGCCGCUCUUCGUCAUUCGCAUGUGAAGCUAAUCUCUUGACGCAGGUCCGCACUCGCCCACGUGAGAGAGACGAGCCAGAUUAUGUGCGCGAGGAGACGUACAUCGAACGUGGCAAAGGCCCCGGUCCCAGGAAUGCAGAGCUGGUCUACCGAGGACGUGAAGACAGCAUCGAGGACAUCCCCCGUGACUUCCCUCCGCCCGGACGAGGCUACGGAGGUCGCCGCGAGUACGAUGACUACGGCCCGCCGCGUCGGAGCAAGAGUGCAGGCGGCAGGCGGUACCCAGACGACUACGACGACGACGGAUACACGGAUUACGGCGCUGGCGCUGCGGCUGGAUAUGCAGCUGGUCGCAGUCGCGGAGGCGGCAAGAGCAGAGUCAGCAGACGCGAUGACCGCGACUACGAAUCAGACUACUCCGACUCACCACCCCGCCGCAACGAGCGUAAGAAAAGCGGGGUAGGCGAUGCUCUCGAAGGCCUUGGUCUGGGAGGACUCGUGGGCGGCCUGCUCGGCAAGGACAAGGACAAGAACAAGGGACGCUCACGCUCUGGCUCUCGCAGCGGUCGUUCCGUCAGAUCUCGCUCUCGCGCAGGCAGCCGCUACUCCGACGAGAGCGGUCGCAGUCGAUCCGGGCCUGGCGACAAGAACAGGGGCGAGAGAAAGUGGGCUCAGGCGGCUCAAGCCGCACUUGUUGCUGGUGCUGUCGAGGCCUUCCGCGCGAGAAAGGUGCCUGGUCCCUGGACCGGUGACAAGGGCAAGCGUAUCGCCACCGCUGCAAUCGGAGCCGGUGGUAUUGACGGUCUCAUCGAUCGUGACCCGGACAAGAAGACCAAGCGCCAUCUCGCUGAAGCUGUCAUCGGUGGUCUUGCUGCCAACCGUCUGGCGAAUGGUCCUCGCUCGAGAUCUCGUGGCCGUGGUUUGGACGAUGAGCGCGACUUCUCCCCAGACAGUCGUGCGCCUCGCUCUCGCAGCCGGAGCAUUAUUGACAGGCUUCGAGGUCGGUCGCAAUCCCGUGGUCGUGCUCCGAGCCAGGAGGGUGGCGGCCAAGGUAUUGGCGCAUUGAAGGGCCUAGCUGGAGCUGGAGCUGUUGCCGCUGCAGGCAAGGCUAUCUACGAUCGGGUCCGAUCCAAGUCCCGUAAGAGACGCUCACCGUCAAGAGAUUCCAGCGCAGACUCGUAUGUGCCCUCCCGAACUCGUCGCCGAGAUAGGGGUCGCUCACCACGUUCAGAUACCGGCAGUACUCGCCAGACCGAAGGAGCUGGCGAUCGCGGAGUCGCUCGAGGUACUAGCUCCGUAGCCGCCGGAGAAGCUGGGCCGCUUGCUCGACGCAACCCAAACCAGAAUGGCGAUGAAAACGGCCAAGGAAACGGACAAGGGAACGGUGAAGGAAACGGAGAGGGAAACGGCAACGACGGCAACGUAUCCAGCGACAGUAGUAGUACUACCGAUAUGGAGAAGACACGGAAACAUAUGCGUGGCAAGGAACUGAUAACUGCGGGAAUUGCGACGGUUGCAACCAUUCAUGCGGCACAUGGCGUAUAUUCGAGUAUGGAGGCGCAUGAGAAGCGCCAUCGCUUGGUGGCGGAAGGGGAAAUGUCUCCCGAGGAGGCUCGCAAGAAGCAAACGAAAGCAUGGAUUCAGGAUGCUGCAGCGGUCGGUAUUGCCGCGCUGGGUAUCAAGGGUGCUUUCUCGGAAUGGAAGGAAAUGAACGAGCAGAGGUAUCCUAUCCAUUUUCUCCUGAGUAGCGUCGUGUGCUGACCAUCGCUCUUUCUACAGGCGCGAGAUUCAAGAGAUCGAAAAGCGGAAAGCGCAACGCCGGAAGAAGCGCGUUGCUCGUCAGAAACAGGAAGAGCGUGAACGACAUGAGCGCAUGAUGUCUAUCUUGGAAAAGAACCCUCAGCUUGCGAUGGGCUAUCACCUCAGCCAGAAUGCCUAUCCUCUUGUUCCUCCUGGGCCCAACCAAGCCGGAAACUCUCCUGCUCCUCCACCCGACCUCAGCGGCAAUCCCUACGCCCCAAGAGACGGCGGCAGCCAGAGGCACUAG